UAUUCCUCGGAGCGAGGCCAUCAAGCUGCGGAGGGCUUUGUGUGCGUGAACUUGGCGGCGGGGCGCGCGCACGGAGCGGCGGCGGCAGCGGGGACAGCGCCAUGCGCGGUGACGCCGUCCCGCCUGGGGCCCUCAGGGAGCCGGGGCGGGGGAGGACAGAGGCCCUCCGCUCGGCCGGAGCGGGCCUUCGGAGCCAGGCCCUCCUCGCUAGCCGCUGCCAUCGUAGUGGUUCUUGUUCGCUGAGGCGAUGAGGCGCAGGGCGGGCCUACUGGCGCUCCCUGCGGGCGGCUGAAGGGGGCCGGCUAGGCCAGGCCAGGCAGGGCGCGCGCCUCAGCCGGGUCCCUUUUGUGCUGCGAGGAGGGGAGUAGGCCUCGGUCCGAGGGAUGCUGUGGUGGCGGCGGCGCGGGGGGCGUUGACCCUCCGCCGGUUGCUGUCCCGCUGGCGGGGCCCGGCUCGGUGGCGCCUCCUCCUGCUCCUCCUCGGCGGGCCUGGUGGCGGGGCGCCCGGGGGAGGAUGCUGGCCACGACGCGGGGCUUCCUGUGGUCGGAGCUGGAGACGCGGGCGCUGCUGGGCAUCUGGGGCGAGGCCGGGGUGCAGAGCGCGCUGGAGGGCCACUUCCGCAACAGCCAUGUCUACCGCGACGUGGCCCGGCGCCUGGCCGAGCUGGGCUUCGAGCGCACCCCCGAGCAGUGCCGCAUCCGCAUCAAGGGCCUCAAGCGGCAGUACUUCCAGGCCCGCGAGGGCCUCCACCGCAACGGGCACGUCCCGCCCCGGAAAGGGGGGCCCGGCCCCAACGCCAGCGCCGCCGCCUACGCCAACGCCUGCAAGUACUACCACGAGAUGGACCGCGUCCUCGCCUCCCGGCUGCCCGGGCUCGGCCCCGGCGUCCCGCGUGGCAGCCCCCCCGUGACCCCCCAGGAAGAGGCCCCCGAAAGGCAUAGAGGAGGGGGAGGAGGAGGGAACCACCACGGCGCCGGCGCCGCCAUCAUCGCCGCCGCCGCGCCCCCUUCCGCCGGACCCGGGAGCCUCCUCCGCCGCAGGGAGGAGCAGCAUAGGAAGGAGGAGGAGGAGGAAGAAGAGGAGGAGGAGGAAGAAGAAGAUGCAGAGGAAGAAGACGGGGCCGAGCUGGGGUCUCCCCCGCGGGACUCCUUCAUGCAGGACUCCGGGGAGUGCUCCUCCUUCGCCCAGCACCCCAUCAAAGUGGAGGGAGCCCCCUUCGCCAUCCCAGAAGGUUUUAGGCAAAUUAAUGCUCACACCAAUGCACCACCCUUAUUAUCUCAGGCUAAAAGAUCAAAAAAACGUCAUGGAAACUUAACAUUGGACAAAAUGAUGGAAAGGUUUCUACUACAAAGCAUGGAUACUGAAGAGAAGUUUUACAAAUAUGAAGAGCAACGGCUUAAAGCUGAGGAAAACCGACGGGAAGCUGAGCAUGCUAGGGAGUUCCAGAUGUUGCAGAUGUUGGGACAGAUGUUAGCAGGCAUUUCCUCCACAGUAUCACAAAGGUCACAGUAUAUGUCGAGCAAUCCUUCACAGAGAUCAAAUCACCGAUCAUAUGGAGAUAAUUUUAACUAUAAUUCUAUGACGACUUUAUCUCCACCCAUAGUUAUAGAGAGAUCUUUUUCAAUGCACAAAACGCAUUCUAUAAAGGAAAUGGAGAAUAUAUUCCAACUGGUGCGAAACAUCAUUCCUCCUCUAACUGCCAAAAAACAUAAAGGCCAAGAUGGACGAAUAGGAAUAGUUGGAGGAUGCCAAGAGUAUACUGGGGCACCAUAUUUUGCUGCAAUUUCAGCUCUCAAAGUGGGUGCAGAUCUAUCCCAUGUAUUUUGUACCAAAGAUGCAGCAUGUGUAAUCAAGUCUUACAGCCCAGAGCUCAUUGUUCAUCCAGUUCUGGAUAGGCCUGAUGCUGUUCAUGAAGUGGAAAAGUGGCUACCACGAUUGCACUCGGUUGUCAUUGGCCCUGGAUUGGGGAGAGAGGAUGUACUGCUUGCAAAUGCUAAGGGUAUUGUAGAAAAAGCCAAGGUCAAAGGAAUUCCUAUUGUAAUUGAUGCCGAUGGCUUAUGGCUAAUUGCCCAGCAGCCUUCGGUUAUUCAGAAUUAUCCUCGAGCUAUUCUUACCCCAAAUGCUAUGGAAUUUAGCAGAUUAUAUGAAGCAAUGCUUAGGGAUCCCGUAGAUAGUAAUGACCAGCAUGGAUGUCUGCUAAGGCUCAGCCAAGCCCUAGGAAACGUGACAAUUGUCCAAAAAGGAGAACGAGAUCUUAUUUCAGAUGGAGAAAAGGUGCUUGUAUGUAGCCAUGAAGGAAGCAGCAGAAGAUGCGGUGGACAAGGGGAUCUUCUCUCAGGGUCUCUUGGAGUCCUGGCUCACUGGGCCUUGCUUGCUGGACCAGAAAAAACAAAUGGUCAAAAUCCCUUCCUAGUGGCUGCAUUUGGAGCAUGCUCGCUUACGAGGCAGUGCAACCACCAAGCUUUUCAAAAAUGCGGACGGUCUAUGACAGCCUCUGAUAUGAUUUUAGAAAUUGGAGCAGCAUUUAAUAAACUCUUUGAAACAUAAGACCAAAGCAGAAGAAAAGGAAGGAAGAACACAACACGGACAGCAGAAAAAUUAUAAUACGAUAUCCAUGCAUAAUGCACCCAUUUUCAAGUGCUGUUAAGCAGCAUUGGUAAUCUAGGUAGUGUUUAUUUUUUAAAAAUAGAAAAAUUGUAGAUAUUUUUUAAAGAGUUUGGAAUACAUUUUUUGGCUGAAUAAGCUGUAGUUGCAGAUGUUAUAAUAUAAUAAAACUAAAUUGAAAGUCUUUCCUCUGUCCUAUUUCACAAGUUAUUGAGCAAUAACAAAGUGUGUGCUAGCAGCAAAACAUGCACUUGAUAUAUGAUAGAAAAAAUACAUUGGAGUUCAUAAACACUUAUAAAUUCUGUUUAUAAAUUACUGUUGAAUUCAGUGUUGCUUGCUCUCUAAUAAUUCUGUUCAGGAUUGUAAUCCAAGUUUCACUGAUUUCAGUGGAAGGAAUGCUAAUUCUACCCUUUUCCCUUAACCUUGAAAUGAACAGGAUUUGAAAGUACUUGACUUUGGCUGGAUUCUGUCAUAAUAUUCUUUCACCAGCUCACCGCAAUCCCUUGGUUUGUACCAAGUUCAUCUCUAUUUUGUUCCAUUACCGGUUUUCAAACUCUGCACAUUGUGUUGCUUUUGAAAUAUGCCAUAUUUGAGCAAGGGCUGCAUGCAAAAUGGCCUCUGAGUCUUAGGUAGAUGAGCACUGUUUUUGCUUUUUGUUUUGGGGGAUAGAAAGGGAGGGAUGGGCAUCACUAGUCUUUAUUUAAAACAGUGCUAAGAGGCUGUAAGACAUGGCACGUGAACGUAGAAUUAGCUGAAUAUAGUAAAGCAUCUACUAAUCAGGGCUAAUUUAGAAUAUGAAACCAAAUAAUUUCGAAGCUAGGCAUAAUUAUGUGAAAGGUGUCAAGAGAGUUGUACAAAAAAGGAGGGAGGGGCUUUAGCAACAAUUCAUCCUAAGCAGCUCUUGUCACAGGACCCACAUAGUUUUUGCACAUGAAUAACUGACAGGACAUGCCCUUCAUACUUCUAUUCUACUGUAAAAAUGUCACCUUUUGUUUGUUAGAAUGAUACACAAGUAUGUAGAUUUUUCAAAAUCAAUUAUUGCCAGCAUACAGUAAUUGGAGAACAAAAGGUGAAAGGCUGCUCAGAACAUAUUGCAGGGCAAAGAAAUGGUUUUCCAUCAUCGGGCCUCAUUAGGACAUCAAUUCCCAUAAUCCCUGACUAGUGUGGCAUUUAGCAAUUCCAGGGACUAAAAUAUAGAAGGCCAAAAAUUGAUGAUCAUUGGAGCAAAAGGUGAGGAAAAUGUAUUCCUGAUAUAACAACACAGAGCAGAUGUUCUGAAAUUUUGGUUCUCAGGAUGUAUUGGGACUUCAGCUCCCAUAAUUCCUGUAUGCUAACCAUAUUGGCUGGGGCUGCUGGGAAUUGACGUCCAAACCAUCUGGAAGAACAAAAUGUUGAGAAAGCUUUGUAACUAGUGGCAGCACAAGCAUUCAAGAUAGGUCAGUUGCUCCAAUCUUCUGCAAUUUUUCCUGAUUGAGUAGAUACAUUAAUUUUGUAGGAUCUGUGCAUUGUAUUUUCACUUGAGAAAAUCCCUUAUUAUUUUUUACAGACUGCAAAGGAAGAUUAUGACAAAAUCCCCUUUAUUUUUACUUGAAUGAUUUGCAGCUUGUCACUGUUCAUAUUUACUCAGAAACAAGUUCCACUGAAUUCACUGGGACUUGCUUCCAAAUAUGUAUAGGGAUAUCUGCAGCCUUAGUCUACAAUCUCUAGCUCAAAACUAGCAUUCCCUUUGAAAAAAGGACAGGGUGUUGUUCUUGUUAGGGUUUGCUACCAUAUGCAGUAGCCAGACACCAUUUAAUAUUACUUUCUUACUUGCAGCCAGGCAAUCGCUUUGUAUAAAUUCAGUGUGCUUACUGCUAACAUUUGGAUGCACUGUAACUACUACCUCAGAACAAUACUUUAGUUUCAUUAUUUCUUUUAAUGUAAUGUUUCAUUCAUUGUCUGUAUCAGUGUUGAGCACACCAACUCAAACUAAACAGAAAGGUACAGUCCAUACCACUUGAGAAUAUUAACAGAAGAUAGCUCUUCUCUGAGGAAAAUUAGCACAGCAGCAAAAAGGGUGUUUAUGCCCUACCUUUACUUUCAGCACUACAAACUGUGGUUGGUAUGUAUCUUUCCUUAAAUGUUCACUUUGGCUCUAAAAAGAGCUUAGCAAUAUUUAAGUAAACUGUUUUUCUGAUGCAUGCUCAAUUUAAAGUGGGGUUGUCAAAUUUUUGGAAAGUCGCAGUAGUGCUCCAGAGCCAUUCUUUUGUCUGCACAGGCACACGAUUGCAUAUGUUGGAAAGGGAAAUGCAUUUUCCUCUCAUGUCUACUUCUAGGUCUCCCUCUUCAGCCAAUGCAAAUAUCUUCUUGCAAGCUGAAGAGAGGCCUGUAUAGGGAUAUGGGAUCUAUAGCUAAAACAGUUUCCCCUAAAUAUCCUGCAGUACUGUCUGCAUAUGUGCCUGUCUUGUAAGUACAGGGAAGGUGAAGGCCUGAACAUAGAGCAGUUUGCUAGAGCUCUCAGUGUUUACUUGGGGGUAUAAGGAUAUUAUUGGAGAAUGUAUUCCUCACUAAGAAUCAUUAGAAAAUAGCUUAAAUAUUAUGAUGGAGCAAUCAGUUUCUAAAACUUAAGUAGAAAAAUCUUAGUUAUACUUGCAGGGAAACCAAAUCUGAUCUUGAAUUUUUCAAAGCAAAUCCAAACAGUCAGUAUAGAGUCAGUCAUGCCUGUUUUUAAUUGUAUUACACCCAUUGGAAACACAUUGUUCAAAUUUUAAGAAAAUAAAAUAUUGCAAAUCACAA